AGCGCUGCCAUAGGUUUGGCGGCGGCGAGGCCCCAGAAAACGAAACCGUGGCCGGGCUUUAAAUAACUCUCCGGCUGCCUCCCCCUCCAUCGGUGCAUCUUUUCGUUCGCCCUCAACUUCAUCCCAAGCUGGUCGCGGGCAUCGGACGCGCAUCGCGAUUCGGGCGCGUUCUCACGGAGUUUUGAGAGCUGCGACGGGAGCUACCCUUGGCUAGGCAUCCGUAGCUGCCUGGAUCGACAUCUCACGGAACUGAUUGUUCUCUGCCAACUGAGCGCAUAGGACCUUUUCAAAAGAUGCCCCUGUUGAACGGGGCGGUUGUGAUACCGCUGGACGGUCUCCAGCAGAAACUGACCUUGCACCUGGCCUGCUCAAAAUGUGCCCAGCAGGAGAACGAGAGCACCUACAGGCUGAAGGAGGUGGCUCACCGCUGCAUGAUGGAGAUUCUCCUGGGCAGGCGCAGAGGCAAACGGGGGAAGCUGUGGCGAAAGGUAGACAGGCGGCCGAGCUUCCCAAACCCAACACACUAUGACGUCUGCAGGUAUUACAUUGCCGGCUUGGGUUGCACCAAGCACCGCAACCGCUGCACCUUCGCUUGGAGCUGGGAGGAGGUGUUAGUGUGGACGUUCGAACGCGCCAACAACAUGGAAAGGCGGGCCCUGAAGAGGCUGGUGCAGCAGGCACAGGUCGGCAGCUCUGCCAACGGCCUUUCCAAACCUCCGGCUCUCAGCAUCUCGGAGGAAAUCCGGAGCGAGUUCGGGGGCCGUUUCCAGGAGAUCUGCAGGGUCUGUUUUUACCAGAUCCCACAGAGGAUCUCUGUUAAGGACUCGGCUCCGGCUUGCCAGGGGCACUGGGGGUCCCUUUUGGUCCACGUGAUCUCCGACGGCAAGAAGGAGCAGUACACGGAAGUCCGCCCCUGCCCAGGAGGCAUGAAGAAGUUCAGCUACUGCAAAUUUGUCUCUGCUGGGAAACCUUGCCGGCACACUGUUCACCGGUGCAACUACUCCCACAGCGAUGUGGAGCAGGCCAUCUGGGAGGCAGAGGCGAACCAAGGCUUGGUGCGCAGAGACCUCCUCCAGCCGCUGGGGGUGGAGAGCAAGCCGGCCGAGGAGGUCUUGCAGCCCAGCGUGCAGUUCUACUGCAGGGUCUGCCUGGUGACCUGCAACUCCCAGGAGUGCUUUGAGAACCACUGCUCCUCUGUGGAGCACACGCAGCUGAUUGCCACGGACCCCGUGACCGAGUGGGCUCACCGUGCUCCUCCCUACGGACGGACAGCCUUCGCCCUUUGCAAAAGAGUUGAUGUCUGUGAAUAUGGGGAGGACUGCAUCUAUGCCCAUUCCGCCCAGGAGCUGGAAGAGUGGAUCCAGCGGGCGAAGGACUCUGAGAAGAACAAGCGGACCGCCAAGCAGUAUGGCCUCCUUUCAUAUCAGGACCGGCUUCUUGCUGAAUACCAGGAAAGCCACAACGAAGUCUUAAUCAUUUCCGAGGAUGUUGACGGCGUGAAGGUCACCUGUCCGCAACCUCUGCGUGUGCAGUCGGAGGACAAGAAGAUGCGCUAUCAAUGGGUUUUCACUGUUCAUUCCAAGAAGCCGCUGGUGCAUGUGGCGCUGCUGAAGCGCGUUCCUGGCGCUGCCUUCUACCUGGCAGGGAGCGGGCUCAAGCGAGGUCUCACCUACGCCUCGGGAGAAAGAUUCAAGGUCGUACGGGCGUCUCCGCCGGCGACGGAGGUGGAGGUGUGUCUGGAGUGCCAGACCUUUGGCGUCUACGAGCAGUGGCUGGUGUUCGACUUUGGUGCACGCCCGGUCCUGCUCCGAAAGCUGCAGGCCCGGGUGGGGCAGAAGGAGCCCCCCUGGCAAGUGGACCCAUCUUCCACAGGGCAGAGCAGCCGCUUCGUGGACUUUGAGCGGUGGCACAGCGGCAACCGGAUGGUGGUGCCCGGCGUAGAGCGCACCGGGCAGGAGCUGGAGCUGCUGGCCAAGUACAAGGCCCCGUCGAUCUCCCUGGACUUUCAGCGUGGCGCUCAGGGCAAGCCCAUCGCCCGCCUGAACUACCGUGAGCAGAUGCACAACUUCCUGUUCAGGGAGGAAGAGGCGCAGGAAGCGCUGAUCGCCAAGCUCAACUUCCAAGUCACCAUAUCCAUUCAUCAGAUGAUGGAGACCCUUUUCAUGGGGAUGAAGUGUGCACCCCCAGGAGAGCUAUAUGCCCACCUCCCCACCCCUUACUCCCUGACCCCAGACUCCGAUGAAGGCUACCUGCUCUACCGCUCCGUCGAAACUGCCUUCCUGGCCCCAGACCCUCCGGCCAACAACCGCGUUUUUGAGGUCUUCCUUGAGACAAAGGCCGAGAAGAGCAUCUGGCUUCUCCUGCCCAAGCGCUGCUGCGUCGAGCUGGGUCUCCAAGCAGAGAUGUCCCUCAAGGUGGAGGUCCAAUUUCAGAUCGAUCAGCUCCCGUUCCGACAGUGGCACUGGGCCGUGGACCAGCUACAGGACGAGAAGCUCGUCUUCCCUGACAUUGCGGCCUGCUCCGUCCCGCGACCCCUCGGGCAGGUUCACCUGCAGAGGGCCAACAAGAAGCAGAGCCAAGCCAUCUCCUUCAUCACUGGGCAGGCGGCUGGGGUCCGGCAAGUGCCGCCUCUCUUGAUCUAUGGGCCGUUUGGGACCGGGAAGACCUACACCUUGGCCAUGGCCACCUUGGAGAUCAUCAAACAGCCAAAGACCCGUGUCCUGAUCUGCACCCACACCAACAGUGCUGCCGAUAUGUACAUCCGCGAGUAUUUCCAUGAUUAUGUGACAUCUGGGCACCCCGAGGCCAUCCCGUUAAGGGCUAUGUUCACCAAGCGUAAAAUCAGUGUGGUAGACGCCACCACAAAGCUCUACUGCUGCUUCUCCCAGAACCGAGACUCCUUCCGCUUCCCCACGAAGGAAGAGCUGGGUCGGCACAGGAUCAUCAUCACCACCUCACAGUAUUCCCGGGAGCUUGGGCUGCCCCCUGGCUAUUUCAGCCACAUCCUGAUAGACGAGGCAGCCCAGAUGCUGGAGUGCGAGGCCCUGGUCCCCCUCUCCCUGGCCACGUUCGAGACCCGCAUCAUCCUCGCCGGGGACCAUAUGCAGACGACCCCCAAGCUCUUCUGCCUGCAGGCGGGGGAGCAGUCGGCCGACCACACACUUCUGAACCGCCUCUUCCAAUACUACCAGAAGGAGAAGCAUGAGGUGGCCUUGAAGAGCAGGAUCAUCUUCAAUGAGAACUACCGCUCCACAGCGAGCAUCAUUGAUUUCGUCUCCAGGCACUUCUACGUUGGGAAAGGGGACGCCAUCCGCGCCAUGGGGAACAUCCCUCCACACCCCGAGUUCCACCCACUCAUGUUCUGCCAUGUUGCUGGUUCCGCCGAGUGGGAUGCCGCCCUCAGCUCCUGGCGCAAUGCCUCGGAGAUCGGGCAGGUGGUUGAGAAGGUGGAGGAGAUGGCCCAGAGGUGGCCGGAUGAAUGGGGACAGCGGGACUUCAAGAGGAUAUGCGUGGUCUCUUAUGGGAUACAGAUGAGAGCAAUAAGGCAGGAGCUGAGGAAGAAGCGCCUGGGGGAAGUGAUGGUGGAGAGCCAAGAGAGUCUGCCAGGGAGGGAGUUCCGCGUUAUCAUCAUCAGCACCAUUCACACCAGGGAGAGCCUCUGCCACGUCAACUGCUCCAACCUGGAAUUCUUCAACGAUGCUCGGAUGCUGAACACCAUCAUGACGAGGGCCCAGUCCCAGGUCGUUGUCGUGGGGGAUGCAGUGGCUUUGUGUUCCUUCGGGCAGUGCAGCAAAGUCUGGAAAGGCUUUCUCAAGGAGUGCAUUGACAAGAAGACCGUGACUCCUGAAACCUUGACGCUGGAGGAGAUAAGGCAGGCGGUGUGCGACCGGGCCAGCUGGAACAGGGGGAGCCCCCAGCUCGAGGAAGAGGGCAGCGACACCGAAUCCUGGCUGUCGGAUGCAGAGAGCUUGAACGUCGACGACCCCAUAUUGCAGGAGCUCCUGGACGAGAGCAAAGACAUGGUGGUGACGGUCUCUGAUGAAGGGCUGAUGAACGUGAAGUCCGAGGUGGCCACCGUCCAAAGCAGCAGGCAGGAGUACGUCAGCUUCCACCCACAAACCAUGAAGGAGUGUCUGCGCAUGAACCCCAACAUGUACAAGCGAUGUGAGUUCAUCAAGGAGCAAUUCGAACGAGCGUCUGCCUUCACUCUGGACGACGUCCCUCCCUUGAACAUCCACAUCAAAGGCCGGGUUCACUGUGGGGUGGGCUUUACUGGGGACCAGGUCUUGGUGGAGAUCCUGCAGCCCAGCCUGGGGAAGGCCACGGCCGAGGGAAGUCUCCGCGGGAAAGUGGUGGGGGUUCUGAAGAAGGCUGACCGGGACCGCAUCUUCACCUGCAUGAUGGACGAGUUCGAUCCCCGCGUCAUGGUCCCCAUUGACCAGACCGUCACCAAAAUCUUUGUCCCGGGGCUGAGAGAUGCACCCAAUGUCAUUCCCAUCCGCAGGGUGGACCAAGGGGGCAAGAUCAAGCUGAAGACCUGCAAGAAGGUAACCCAACAACUGAGGAGGAACUGCCUCUUUGUGGUCCAAGUCCUCAAUUGGCGGAAUGGCUUCUACUUCCCCUUAGGGAUUAUUACGGAGGUUCUUCCUCUGGCUAAGACCCUAGAGGAAGGGUUGCGUAUCCUUGACAUUGAAUACUGCCUCAGGAGCAAACACCCACCCUCAGUGAACAAAGAGGUGGCCACAUUCUCCUCUAGCAAGCUCUCUCUUACAAAGGGCAACCGGAAAGACCUUCGGGGAUACCUCACCUUCACCGUUGACCCCCCAGGUGCAAAGGAUCUGGAUGAUGCCAUCAGUGUCCGAGACCUGGGUGACAAAUAUGAGAUAGGGGUCCACAUUGCCGAUGUAGCUUCUGUGAUCCCCAAAGGCUGCGCUCUCGAUAUGGAAGCGAAGAACAGGGGAGCCACCUACUACGCUCCUGGAAAGGAGCCGGUUUGCAUGCUCCCACCUCAGCUAAGCCAAGACCUAUGUAGUCUCCUGCCUCAGAAAGAUAGGCCUGUGAUCUCUCUCUUCGUCAUGGUGGAUAAGAAGACGGACCAGAUGGCGAAUGUCUCCUUUGCUGUGUCCACAAUCCGCUCAGACCGGCAGCUGACCUAUGAGGAGGCAGAGGGCAUCAUCAAGAACUGCUACAAGGCAGAGGCUCCAUCCCUCCACUUUGAUACCCUGGAGGAUUGUGUUGCGGUUGCGUACCACUUCUCCCGCGUACAUCGGUUGUGCCGGCUUCUUGAAGAUUGCUAUUAUGAUCAACUGGAUGAGGAAUGCCCUUUGGGCCAGAGGUGUUCCCACCAGAUGGUUGAGGAGUUCAUGAUCAUGUUCAACAGUUCUGUGGGCGAGUUCCUCACCAACAAGGAUUCCACCAGAGAUCGAACCCCUCUGCGCUGCCAGGGGGAGCCCAACCCACAACAGAUGGCUCAGAUGAGGGACAAAUACAGUGAUAUAAUUCCUCUGUCCACCCACCUCUCGCAUCAUCUGGGAGCUCCAGCCACAAGGGUCCAUGUGGGGACCGGUGGGAAGUUUACCCUCCUGACUUCAUUGUGGGACCACCUGAAGUCAGCUGCCGAUGCUUGCGAUGUCCCCAAGAUGCUCGAUCUUAUUACGACGGAUGACAUCCACCCAAAGCUGGCCCCGGUGAACAUGGAGUUCCGGAAGCUUCUGUCCCGCUCAUAUUUCCUUCGCUCCAAUUCGUCUCCUCAGUCCAAAGUGGGCCACUAUUCCUUGCACGUGGACUCUUACACCUGGGCGACUUCCCCCAUCCGACGCUACAUGGACCUGAUCCUCCAGCGUCACAUCCUGUCUGUGAUUUUAAAGACGCCAGUGCAGUACUCCUCAGACGACAUUGAGUUCCUCUGCCACGAUUUCAACAGGAAAAACAGCAUGGCAAAUGCCUAUGAGAGGAAGGCCCACACGUUGGAGAUGGCAACUCAGCUGAAGCAACAAGCCCAACAGAAGGUUUCCUUUGUGAUGUGCGUGGAAGGGAUGGCCAAGAACUUCAGAAUCAUGUUUCCUCUGAACAAGGAGAGCCUUCGAGAACCUCAACUCAUCAACUACAGAGCUCUUCAGCUGGUAGCGCAACCGGCCUUCAUCGAGGAACGGAACAGCGUGAGGCUGACGUGGAAGAAGAGGAUCUACUCUGUGGUGACCUCAAAGGAGUGCACUCCAAAGUCACCAGUGCUGUGGGACAAGAGUGUCUCCCUCUUCAACGUGCAGGCCUGGUGCAACAUCCUCACAGCCGUCAGGAACAAAGAUUAUGAGGAGAUGAUCUCACUCAUUGAGAAAGGCCACAGCACACAGCUGAGAAGUAUGGGCAGGAUGGAGAGAAGCAAGUGCUCACACUAUGUAGAACUGUCACUGGAGAUCAGCGCUGGAGAUGUUUUGUGCCUCCAGCUCACCACAGAUGUCCAUCGGGGCUUCCUGGCGCCGUCUUUGCAACUGUGGACGGUGGUGCCAGGCUUCGACGUAUGUCUGCAGCACUCCGAGAGGCCCAUCGACUGCUUCUCCAACUGUGCCACUCUGGCAUCCAAGGAGAUUUACAAGGACGCCUCUGAUUAUCGCAAGGUGUGGCUGCCGAUCUCCGACAUGGAAGCGGCCUCAUGCGCUGUGGCAGAAAACGACUCCAUUGUCUUGCACGACAUCAAGAUCUCCUGGGAGAAGCAGAGGUCAAAGAAAGGACACCUCAUGGGGACAUUCUCCUUGACCAAAGAGUUCAUGAAGGAGUGUGCCAUUGAAGUGUCCCUGAGCCACUGCUACCUCUGUGUCCGCCUCUCGGGCCUGAAAGCUGAUGGGGUCCAGGACGAUGCAGAAGCCCUCAGCCGUGGCCUCCAGCAGCUCAGCUUGACUAAGGGAAGCGCUGAGGCUGGCAAAUUCAUGAUCGAUCCUGCUACGUACACCUGGGUGGCCCACGGGCGGACCGAUGAGUUUGAAGACAACGAGAAAUCUGACCAGCGAGGCGCAUCGAUGGUGCGUUUCAGCAUCCAUUUUAUGUCCAUGGAAAAGAUCCCCGUGGAGGUCACCCAGGAGACGUCAAGGUUCACCGUGGAGCUGAUUCCAAAGUUGCUGCCUGAUAUCCGGAAGGAGAAUGCCAUUUGGAAACUAGAGCACGCGACUGAGCUUGCUAAGCAAAUUGCCCUCGGCAAGGAAAUCUCUGAAAAACCAGUGAAGAAGUCUAAGUUCUGGACACUCAAAAGCUUUGAUCUUCCUGGAAGCUUCCGGAAACUCAACCCAAGCCAGAACCAUGCCAUUUCAGAGGCCUUGAGAAAGCCUUUCACACUUAUCCAAGGCCCGCCAGGGACUGGCAAGACCGUGGUUGGUGUCCAUAUCGUCUACUGGUUCCAUCAGCUGAAUCUGGAAGAUAAAGGGAAGGACCCAACUCUGGAUCCUGACAAAGCGAAGAGCCACAUCAUGUACUGUGGGCCGUCAAACAAAUCCGUCGAUGUUGUUGCUGAGAUGCUGUUGAAGAUGAGGAAUUCUCUGAGGCCCUUGAGGGUGUAUGGAGACACUAUAGAGACCAUGGAUUUCCCCUACCCAGGAAGCAGCCUACAUGUGUCCCGGAAAUCCCAGCGGGACUCAAAAUCCAAGCCGGAGAUCAGGGACAUAACUCUACACUACGUGAUCCGUCGUCCAUCAAACCCUUUUGCGAGAGAAAUCUGUGAAUUCGAUGCACGUGUGAAGAGAGAAGAGGAGAUAGCAGAGGAUGAAGUUAACCAUUAUAAGCAGUUGCUAAACAAAGCCCGGUCGCAUGAGCUGAAGCGCCAUGACGUCAUCCUGUGCACCUGCACCACUGCCUCCGGACCAGCCCUGGUGGAGCACCUGCAGGUGAAGCAAGUGCUGAUUGACGAGUGCGCCAUGUCCACUGAGCCAGAGACCCUCAUCCCGCUGGUGAGCUACAAGAAGAUGGAGAAGGUGGUCCUACUGGGGGAUCAUAAGCAGCUGAGACCCGUGGUCCACAAUGACUUCUGCAAGACCCUCGGGAUGGAGACGUCGCUCUUUGAACGCUACAAAGACUGGGCUUUGAUGCUGGAUACCCAGUACCGCAUGCACCAGGACAUCUGCCAGUUCCCCUCCGAGGAGUUUUACAACAGGAGGCUGAAGACCUGUGCCAACUCUGCCCGAGGCCACAGCACCCUCUUCCACAAGGACAGGGCCGGCUGCUGCGCCAUCAUCUUUGGCCACAUAGAGGGGAGAGAGAGGAGCCUCAUGGUCUCCACAGAGGAUGGCAAUGAGAACUCUCGGGCCAACUUGGAAGAAGCGGAGCAAGUGGUGAGGAUAGCAAAGCAGCUGACACUCGACAGAACCACCAAACCUGCCGAGAUUGCCAUCCUGACUCCUUACAAUGCUCAGGUGGUCGAAAUCAAGAAACAACUUUCCCAGGCAGGGCUGCGAGAUGUCACCGUUUGCACCAUCAUGAAAAGCCAAGGAAGCGAAUGGAAGUACGUCCUUGUCUCCACCGUGCGGUCUUGCGGCCGUUCCGACGUUGACCGGAAGCCUACCAAAAGCUGGCAGAAGAAGCACUUGGGUUUUGUGACCGACCCGAACCAGGUCAAUGUCUGCAUCACCCGGGCACAGGAAGGGCUCUGCAUUAUAGGAAACCGAUACCUCCUGGAGAGCAACCCUUUGUGGCGCAGGCUCCUCGAACACUACAGGACCCGCAAAUGCUUCACGGCUGCCACUGAGAUCCAGGUCAUGAAGGCGCAGGCAAUUCGCCGAUGAGAACAAAUGGCUGUUUUGGGGGGGG